CACACAGCAGCAGACAGAGGAAGCACACAGACCUCAACUUUCACACAAGCCCUCCCCUGCACACAAACAGGCAGCAGCAAAAGUGAAAGAAGAACGAGCACUCAACAGGAGCUGAGCUGUACACACAGAACGGGAGACAGAGAAAGGCACACGGACCAUCACACAAGAUUAAAAUAUGGGAUCCACUCCAACCAAACCUGAAUUUGUCACAGUUCUGGCUGAAAAAGAUGUUGAAAUUGGAGAUAAUUUUAUUCUUCGAUGUGAGGCAAACACAGAAGAUGUAACAGCCUCAUGGGAAAAGGACGGCUACAAAUUGGUUUGUGUGGAGGGCAAGCAUGUUGUGAGAAAAAUUGGUGAAAAAUGUGUCUUGGAAAUUGUAAAUGCUCAGGCCGCUGAUGAAGGGAAUUACACCAUAAAGCUAAGCAACACUGGAGGUUCUGCAUCAUGCUCUGCCCUUGUCAGAGUCAAAAUUAACAAAUGGAGGGAAGUACAAUGGAGUCAAUACGAAAGGUUGAAUUCCCUCAAGACAUUUAAUGUUUGUAAUGAAGUCCAAGAGCUCCACUUCCUCCUGUAUGGACCAAUUGGAGCAGGAAAGUCCAGCACCAUAAACACCAUCAGAUCCAUUUUUGAAGGACGUCAGUUUGUCAACUGUCUGGCUGCUGCAGGAUCUGGUACGAGUCAUACUAAAAAAUAUGAGCAAUUUACAUUUGAAAAUGAGGAAGGAUCAUUCCCUUUUACCUUCAGUGAUAUAAUGGGUGCAGAAGCAGAAGGUGGAGUCCACACUGAAGAUAUCAUCCUUGCUUUAAAAGGUCAUAUGAAAGAGGGUUACCUGUUUAACUCUGCAACUCCACUGUCUGAAAGCAAUCGUUAUUACAACCAAAAUCCCAGCCUGAGUGAUCAGAUGCACUGCCUGGUGUUUAUCACACCAGCUGACAAGAUUUCAAUGAUGAACAAAGGUUUUCUUGAAAAAUUGACGCGUCUCAGAGAAACAGCAAGCAGAAUGGGAAUCCCUCAAGUGGUUUUCAUGACAAGAGUCGACUGCGCAUGUCAAUUGACGAAGGAGAACUUGCGAAAUAUCUACAAAAGCAGAAAAAUCAAACAAAAAAUGGAUGAAUGCAGUAAUGUACUGGGUGUGCCUGUGAACUGUAUCUUCCCUAUCAUGAACUAUCACGAGGGGACCCAUAUGAAUGAGGACAUAAACUGCCUGAUGCUGGAUGCUUUAAUACAGAUUAUCAACUGGGCAAAUGAUUAUGUGGUCAAAAGUUCCAAAAACCAAAUUUCACAUCAACAACCACAAUGUGAAUAAAGAGAUUUCACACAAAACAUGAAAAGCAGAAUGACAAAUAGUUCUGCAUAUCUGAUGGCUAAUUGCUAUUCAAAUUCACUGAAUUCUUAAUCCAGUUUAAUUAUGCAACACAUUUUAAAGCAUGAACCUUACAGUAUAUUCGUGCUCGUAUCCAGAUUUUAAAAUGGCAUAGAAUAGAAUGCCUUUAUUGUCACAAUUGUCAAAAAAAAACUGCACAAAUCUCAUCUCAUCUCAUUAUCUCUAGCUGCUUUAUCCUGUUCUACAGGGUCGCAGGCAAGCUGGAGCCUGUCCCAGCUGACUACGGGCGAAAGGCAGGGUACACCCUGGACAAGUUGCCAGGUCAUCACAGGGCUGACACAUAGACAAAGACAACCAUUCACACUCACGGUCAAUUUAGAGUCACCAGUUAACCUAACUGCAUGUCUUUGGACUGUGGGGAAAACCGGAGCACCCGGAGGAAACCCACGCGGACACGGGGAGAACAUGCAAACUCUGCACAGAAAGGCCCUCGCCGGCCAUGGGGCUCGAACCCGGACCUUCUUGCUGUGAGGCAACAGUGCUAACCACUACACCACCAUGCCGCCCCCACUGCAUAAAUGUACAAUGAAAUUUAGUUCAUCAUAGGAGAGCAAAGCUACUGUGUACAUGUACGCCACCACUCUUGGGCAGUUCAGCCCAAGGCUGUCCCAUGUUAACCUAACUGCAGGUCUUUGAAAUGAGUUUAAUGAUACAAAUAUAUGAAGUAAUCUCAUUCCCUGCUCCAGGUGCUACAGCAGAUGUACAUGUAAAUUGAAUUAAAUUAAAUGUCUGUGACAACCACCAGAGCAUGUUACUGAAAUAAAAUUGUUUCUAUCAAAAUUCAA